UAGAAUCAGCCGCUCUGUACGAGGGAGACAGAGCGCUGAGCGAUGCAGAGGACGCUGGUCACACUGGUCGCUCUGUACCACGCGAGGCUACUGGGGCAGCUGCAUGCUACUGCCGCCGUGCAGCACCUCGGCGCAGCUGAUAAAGGCAGUCAGAAAACCCCAAACAAAACUGUUGAGUUUUUAAAUAUAAUCAAAGAGGAUCUUCGGCGUAAUAACGAUGACUACGCGGUGUUCGAGCAUAAGCUGUUUCUGGAGACGCCCACAAGUGGUUCUCCCCCGGAAGUAGAGCGCCAACCUGCGCCCCUGCAGCAACCCAACCGCAUCCCGCCAAGCGGCGGCCCCGAGGCUGGCUCGGGCCCCCAAGUCGUGGCUAGGCCGGGGCCCCCACUAGCUCGGCCAGCACUCGCCGCCGCUGGAGCGCGACCACCACCCCUCGUGCGUCAGCCUGGCCGCGCGCUGCCACGCAAACCUCUAGGAGCCCCGCCCCAUCGCCUGCAACGACCGCGCCUGCCCCUGCACGUCCCCAUCAAUACCAGACGAGGUGUUAACAUGACUAUAAGAAACGACACAUAUCACUACGGCCACAUGACUCCUAAUGCCACUCAGUUCAGGAGUUACACACACUCCAAACAUUAUAAGAAAGUUCGCGUCGACAAACUGAAACGACUUGUAGAUAAGGGAAAGAAUCGAAUGCGAGAUCAUGCCGGCCGGACCGGUCCGGAAAACUUAAACGAAGCGCAGGGUUCGCCUGGUGAGAAGGCGGUAGAGGGCGGUGACGAGGUGGGAACAAUGGCGACCACUCCUGAGAUGCAGCACGAAGACAUAGACGCCUCGGUUCCUGCGGAUGUUAUUACGGACGCAACGCAGACCACGACGUUGUCGCUGUCAGAGAUGCUGGCGACGACGAAGAAGAGUCACGAGGCGCCCAAACUGCGGCACCACGUGGAGCAACACGCACAGUCUCCCUCGCCCGACCAGCUCGACAUGGCGCCCGCCCGAGGACCCGCCAUCACGCUCAUUCGUUUCAAGGGCCGGCUGUGCCAGCGAAGCAUACUGAACAUGGAAGGUCCCUCGUACGGGAAAGACGGCUCCAUGGUGAUGGAUGCUUACAAUCCGGAGCACGAGAAAGGUCGUGAGUUCGACGACACCACGCCUGCCAACCCGAUCCUUCCUCGCUGCUGCAACUGCUGCAAGAAGUCGGUGCUGGGCUGCCAGUGACGUCACCAGGCCACGUGGUCAUAUCGGUAAUGUGAAGGUGACAGUAGUGUCAACUACAUUAGCAUCAUCUUCAAACUUAAGUCACUUAGUUUUAUUAAAUAAAUUAUAAACAAACACAAAUAAA